UUCCAUCGACAAUGCCUACAUUUCAUCUUUCUUUUAUAUUUUUCAUUUAUUUAUGAUUUAUUCUCUCUCCUUUUGAACUUUGACUGGAGGAAGAGAAGUACAAGCAACAAAGAGAGAGAAUUGGCUUUGCUUGCAGCUUUCGGCGCUUUUUCUUUCUCUUUCCAUCCUUCCAGAUUUGGCCACCUCUUGAUCCCCGACUAUUUAUUUAAUUUUAUAUAUUUAUAUAACAUAUCUAUUCUUAGUUUCUUACAACACCCACGGCGUAAGGACCAGCCAAUUGCUGUCCUCUUUGCUAUUGCUACUAAACUAUUCACCCAAAUCAGUACCUAAGCUACUUUCCUUUCCAACCAGGUUUGUGGCAUCUUGUUCAGGUUAAGUUGACCACAUAAUGAGUGAUCUUUAUAGAAAGGAAUCAAAGAAUUUUUUGACACCUAGUCAAGCCUGAUCACUGCCUUGUCUAUGCUGCCUAUUGUAAUACAAAAUAUGGGCUCACUCUGCAGUAAACAGCGCCGUUACAAUGAAGCAGAUGCUGAAGAGAGUGCACAGGCUGCUGAAAUUGAAAGGCGAAUUGAACAGGAAACAAAGGCUGAAAAGCAUAUCCAGAAACUCCUACUGCUUGGAGCUGGAGACUCUGGGAAGUCCACAAUAUUUAAGCAGAUAAAACUUUUGUUUCAAAGUGGUUUUGAUGAGUCUGAAUUGAAGAGCUACAUAUCAGUCAUCCAUGCCAAUGUUUAUCAGACAAUAAAAAUAUUGCACGAUGGAUCAAAGGAAUUGGCUCAAAAUGAAACAGAUCCCUCAAAGUAUGUCAUAUCCAGUGAAAAUAAGGACAUUGGAGAGAAGUUGUCAGAAAUUGGAGGCAGGUUAAAUUAUCCAUGUCUCACCAGAGAUCUUGCACAGGAGAUUGAAACUUUAUGGAAAGAUGCUGCAAUUCAGGAAACAUAUGCUCGGGGUAAUGAGCUUCAAGUUCCAGACUGUGCCCAUUAUUUCCUGGAAAAUUUGCAAAGGUUGUCUGAUGCAAAUUAUAUUCCAACUAAGGAAGAUGUUCUAUAUGCAAGAGUUCGUACAACUGGUGUUGUAGAGAUCCAGUUCAGCCCUGUUGGAGAGAACAAGAAAAGCGGUGAAGUAUAUAGACUUUUUGAUGUUGGUGGCCAGAGAAAUGAGAGGCGGAAAUGGAUCCAUCUAUUUGAAGGAGUUACAGCUGUAAUUUUUUGUGCUGCAAUUAGCGAGUAUGAUCAAACACUUUUUGAGGAUGAAAACAAGAAUCGUGUGAUGGAGACUAAGGAGCUUUUUGAAUGGGUCCUGAAGCAGCCAUGUUUUGAGAAAACAUCCUUCAUGCUGUUUCUCAACAAAUUUGAUAUAUUUGAAAAGAAGGUUCUGAAAGUGCCACUGAGUGCAUGCGAAUGGUUCAAGGAUUACCAGCCAGUUUCAACAGGAAAACAAGAGAUCGAGCAUGCAUACGAAUUUGUCAAGAAGAAGUUUGAAGAGUUGUAUUUUCAAAGCACAACCCCUGAUCGUGUGGAUCGUGUGUUUAAAAUAUAUAGAACCACUGCCCUUGAUCAGAAACUUGUGAAGAAAACUUUCAAGCUUGUGGAUGAGACUUUAAGACGGAGAAAUCUCUUCGAAGCUGGCUUAUUGUGACCAAGAAGGAUUUACUUCAAAAUGAAUGUUCAUAGUUUGAAGAACUGAAAUAUUUUGAAAAUUAAAAGUUGGAAGAAACACCUCCAUCACCAUCUGCUGGCAUCAGAAUUUUUGCACAGGUUGAAAAUUUUGAAUGUUCAUUUGGUUUUCCUCAAUUGGAAAGGAGAAUAUUUUUCCCCCAUGAUUUUCUUUGACUGUUGAUUUGUCGUGAGAAAAAAGUUCCCAGAGGAUCUGUUUACUUGACUGUUCUGUUUUGUUCCUGAGUGGGGAUUGAAUAUAUCAUAUGAAAGGAAACUUAUUUA